AAAAUGCUUUGAUAGAAACACCUAGUGUGAUGGUAUUAUGAUGUUAAAUAAAUCACCAGUUAGUUCAAACAGAGAUUUUUUGUAUGUUUUAAACUGAAGAAGACAGAAGAGCUGAAGCAACAGAAGCUGAAAGUAUGACAAGUGCUAGAGCAAGAUGUCCCUCCACUUGAUGAGCACUGCCUCUCUCAGAACUCUAUGUCGAGGAUGCCGCUGCAGGAUCAAGGAGCCCCGGUUCUCUUUUUACAUGCCAACAGCUCAGAGUCUCCACACAUCACCCUUUGUAACACAGCAGGAGGGUAAUGUUAUGAAUGUGUUUGAUCGUCAAGCAAAACUUUUGCAAAGAGAAAGAGCUGCAAGGAAUCCCGAUGUUGCAGUUUUUGAUUACUUGAAAGAGGAAAUUGGUUAUCGUUUAGCUGACCGCAUCAAUGAUAUAAAACGGGAGUUCAAGACUGGUCUAGAUCUUGGAACAGGUCGAGGAUAUGUUGCCAAGAAUAUAACAGAUGCUUCAUUAGAAGAGUUGUACAUGAGUGAUUUGUCUCCGUCAAUGUUGGAAUCAGCAGAAACUCCUCAGGAUGUGAAGUUUACGAAGAUGGUGAUUGAUGAAGAAGGAAAACUUCCGUUUGAAAAUAAAGCACUUGACCUCGUUAUAUCAAAUUUGAAUCUUCAUUGGGUGAACAAUCUACCGGGUUGCCUCAAGGAAAUCUAUAGAGUGUUGGGAGAAGAUGGUGUGUUCCUGGCAUCGGUAUUUGGGGGAGACACUCUUUAUGAACUUCGCUCAUCUUUGGUGCUGGCUGAACUAGAGAGAGAAGGUGGCUUUUCUGCACACGUCUCACCCUUUGCAGAGAUAAGGGAUAUCGGCAGCCUCCUCAGCCAGAGUGGGUUUACCAUGCUCACAAUCGACACAGAUGAGAUUUCUGUUGGUUUUCCAUCCAUGUUUGAACUGAUGUGGGACCUUCAAGGAAUGGCAGAAAAUAAUGCUGGUAUCAAUCGCAAACCCCAUCUCCACAGGGACACACUGCUUGCUGCUAGUGCCAUUUAUCAAGAAAUGUAUGGGAAUGAAAAUGGGAUUCCAGCAACAUUCCAGAUUAUCUAUAUGAUAGGAUGGAAGCCAGAUCCAAAACAGAUGGGCACCCAAGCUGAGAGAGGCAGUGGUCAAGUUUCUCUCAAGGACUUGCACAAGUUGGAUGACAUGAUCCGAGAUGCAGGAAUGGAGGGCAGAAUUAAGUUCAUGCAAGACAUGACUUCAGACGACAAAGACAAGAAAGAUUAGAAUGUGAAGUCUAAAAAAGUAAAUACUAAUGCUGAUGGAAGAAUUGCUCUUGAUGUAGUGAAAAGAAAAAAAAAGUGAGAGGCAUUAUUUUCUGAAGUUUAAAGAGUAUAGAUUCUGUUUUUGCACUACAUUGUUUGACACAUAUUUAGAUAACCUGUGAUGAGCAAAGGUUUGCAAGUAAAGAGAGUUGAGCAUUAUAUCAACUUGCAUAUAUAUAUCAUGUGGUUAGCACAUCCUCACUGAAUAAACCAGCCCUUUUACAUUUGCACAUAAAGGCAGUUUAAGGCUACAGUUUCAUUUAGAACUCAUUAUCCAUUUGAAAAACAAAUCUUUCUAACCAGACUUCUGGAUAGCUGUGUUGUCCCCAUUUUCCUACACUCAUUUAAUUGAGCAAUACUCUGGGUGUGGAGAAUGUCCACAAUGCUUUAAAUAUAGUCCUGUUUUGUGUAGUGAGUAGAUUUUAUAUGAAGAGUUGCUGCAAAAUGUGCAAUGGUUGUACAAGGAAAAUGUGUAUAUAUUUCAAACUUUAAUUUCUUCCCUAUAAAGGUGAACUUUCAUAGAAACAUUUAUUUGGUCAUGCUAAAAUCUUUAAAGUUUUUAGAAUUAGUAAAACAUAUAACCCCAGAAUAUACAAGGUAUUACAGUUGCACAAGAUAAGAAAUUAUUACAGAAUUAUUAUAUCAUAGUGCCUCCUGAUUCAUUAGAUCUAUUAUCUUAAUUUAUUGAAAAUAAUUACCUAGCAUUGACAGAGUGUCUUGAUCACUAGUUCUUAGAGGCACAUCAUGUCAAGCUUGCAUCUUCCAUGUAUGUAGCUUUUGGUAAUUGUAUAUUUUUGUUGUAUACAGCAAUUUUCUAUGGAAAUAAAAAGAAUAUUGUAUGAGAAAA